AUGACCUCCGCCGUAGCAUCAUCGUGGGUGGGAACCCUGCUCAACCAAGCCUCGAAUGGCAAGAUCUUCCCGCGCCCAGAACAGCGCCCCGGAUUUGUUGUCCCAUCAUCCCUCGCAUCAGCAUCGUCCAGCACCGCUGCUGCUUCCUCCUCAGCAAGGCCAUCGCCUACGACAGAGAAGAAGAAACCCUUCGACUCGGAAACCACCACCAUCUGCGAGCAAUGCCCCAAGAAGACGAUCGAUAACGACGCCGCCUUGGACGAUGUGACCGGUACCGACAUCGAAGCAGCACUGUCUCAGGCACAAGGCACCAACACAGUCGCACGUGUCGUCUCCGAGUCCAAAACCGAGUCCUCCCCUUCCGAAAAGUCGACCAGCUCAACCACGACCGAUGAAACCAUCAUCGUCGGCUGGUACGGCGACGAUGAUCCCGAGAACCCACGCAAUUGGUCUCCUCGCAAGAAAGCCUCUGUCACCUUCCUGAUCGGCCUUCUCACCUUCGGCGUCUACUCCGGCUCGGCCAUAUAUACGCCCUCGAUCCCCGGUGUGAUGGAGGAGUUCGACGUCGGCUUGACGAAAGCUACGCUCGGUCUCUCCCUCUUCGUACUCGGAUAUGCAGUGGGUCCGAUGUUUUUGAGCCCGCUCAGCGAGAUCCCCGCCAUCGGACGCAACUGGACCUACAUCCCGAGCAUGAUCAUCUUUGUCAUCUUCAACAUCGUCGCCUCACUCGCGCCUAACUACAGCACGUUGAUGGCGAUGCGUUUCUGGACCGGAUUCUUCGGCUCCCCAGCCCUCGCUACAGGCGGUGCGAGCAUCUCCGACAUGUACGACGGCGUCGGUGUCGCUUUCCCCAUCGCCAUUUGGGCUGUCGGUGCGGUGUGCGGACCCGUGCUCGGACCCGUCAUUGGUGGAUUCUCGGCCAUGAACCUGGGUUGGAGGUGGCCCAUGUGGCUGCUGACCAUUCUUUCGGGCGUGACGACCAUUGUUCUCGCAUUGUUCCUGCCAGAGACGUUCGAGGGGUACCUGCUUCUGCAGCGCGCUAAGCGGCUCCGGAAGCACACCGGAAAUGCCCAGUUGCGCGCGCAGAGCGAACUGGAUCAGGCCGCUACCAGCUUCGCCAGCCUCACAAAGGAAUCCCUGCUCCGUCCCCUCAUCAUUUCCAUCGAGCCCGUCGUCUUCUUCACCUCCAUCUACCUCGGCGUGGCCUACGCUUGCUUCUAUCUUUUCUUCGAAAGUUUUGUCAUAGUCUUCACAGAGACGCACCGCUUUAACCUCGGCGAGAGCGGGCUGCCAUUCCUGGGUCUGGCGGUGUCCGGCGUAUUCACCCUCCUCGGAUACCUGUGGUACCUCAAGUCCUACUUCAAUCCUCGGUUCCUAGCCAAAGCCCAGCGCGGCAUCAUCAUCCCCGAGGACCGCAUUGGCAUCGCGCUCUUUGCCUCGUUCUUUGUGCCCGUCUCGCUCUUCGGCUUUGGCUGGACGAGCCGCGAGGACAUCCACUGGAUCGUCCCCAUCAUCUUUUCGGCUCUGCUGCUGCCCGGCGUGUUCUUGCUCUUCCAGAGUCUGCUGGUGUACCUGCCCAUGUCGUAUCCCAAGUACGCUGCGAGCGUGCUGGCCGCCAACGCGCUGAUCAGGAGCUCGUUCGCAGCGGCCUUUCCGCUGUUCGGACAUGGCAUGUUCACCAAGCUGGGCGUCGGCGUGGGGUGCAGCGUGCUGGGCGCCAUCUUCACGGUGCUCAUCGUGCCGCUGUGGGGGCUGCAGAGGUACGGACAUGUGCUCAGGAGGCAUAGCAAGUAUGCGCAUGUCUACUCCGCAACUUCGUAG